ACUCUAAUAACAGCUGUGUACGAGGACAACUGUCUGUCUGACAUGGACAGUAGUUUGUUUGAAGAUGACUUGUCGGAUGCAGACUCAGGAACGUGUGUGGAGGACUCGACACCAAUGGGGGCGUCGGCUUCCACUGUUACAACACCAGACUACACGGCUGUGAAGGAACGCUAUACCAGUCUGCAGUUGCCUCACACUGGAGAAAAGGAGCUCCUUCAGCUCCCAUCUGCAGCAGAGAGUUCUCCUUCCCUUGCUACAGACAGCAGGAGACAGUCGAGAGCUUCGGUGUCCAGUAGGUCGACAGCCCGAAGGUCCCUGUUCAGCGGGCGUGACCGUGACCACGACAGCGCGGUGACGGAGCCGACCGACACGGCCUCCUUCACCUUCACACCCUCCAAGUCCAAGUCCACCAGCUCCAGGCUGAAGGGGAGUCUCAGCAUUUAUCUCGACGGAAACAAGGUCUCUCACGUGUGUGCGGUGAACCCCCGCGACGGCUGCACCCCUCUGCACAGGUCCAUCGAGAGCAAGCAGUGCAAGCCGGAGCUGGUACAGGCCCUGCUCGAGGCCGACAGCUCCUGCGUCAACAUCCAGGACGAUACGGGGUGCACCGCGCUGCACCUCGCGUGCCGCCUCGGACACAAACCCAUCGUGAAAUUGCUGAUGUCCAAUCCAAACGUGGAUCUCAACGUGAGGACCAUAGAAGGACACUUGCCCGAAGAGAUGACGAAAACGACGCUGAUUCAAAAGAUGGUGGCGAAGGCUCGCGCAGACGCACCAAAUGGUUCUAUGAUGGUUCUGCUUGACACUUCAGCAAGCAGCGGCGGAGGUGCAAGUAUCGACUUUGACUCCCUCAACCUCAGGUUCGAGAGACUGAAGAAGGAACUAUAACACGGGAGCCUUUUGUUGAAGGGAUAUAUUGUAAGAUUUUAGCACCAAAAUAACAAUUAUUCUGAACUUUAAAAUCUCCAGUCAGAUUGACAUUUGUAACCACGACCAAAUACAUACCCUAGUAACCUACCCAGAAGUAAGCCAGCCAUUGAUUUCCAAAACGACUGUUGCUGUCACAGAUCUUGGGAGCUUAGCGGGGACUUUCAACAAACUUCUGUAACGCUUCAGGGGAACCACAGAACACGUUCUAAAGUAAACCUUGGUUCAUCAGAAAGUUGGAUAAAAUAGCGGACAACUCAAGCAGCAGUGGGAAGUGCGUGCAUUUCAAGACAUCUUCACGGCACAACAAAGUCGUAUCCAUACGUUGUGAAUAUUGCUGUGCAGUGUAAUAACUAAAGGUAGAUUGAACACAUAAUGUGAAAAAAAAAUUACCAAACACAGUGACUUCUUUUUUUACAAUAUAUCCCUUUAAAGCCGUGUUCAACUGAUAGUAUAUUGUCAUGUAUAUAUUACUACAUACAAAUUGAGGGAUCUUUUGUAAAGGCAUGUUUUUAUACUUUGUUACAGUACCAAAAUGUUGAUAUCAAUAUCAUAUAUGAUAAUAGUAGAUAUAAUAUUUGCAGCCUAGCAUAUCAACAUUUAUAUUUUGGGUUGUAUUUUAUUACUUAAGCCCUGUAUUGAGGAUUUUGUGGCCCAAAAUUAAAACAUCCCCCAGAACAAAUAAAGUUUUGCCAGAUGUUUCCAUUCAUUACAAUGUCUUUAACACGUUUUUUUGUCUUGUACCACAUUUCAAGUCUUUGUCUAUGGCCAAAUGUCAACCAGUACAUUAUGUGUUGCACUGUAGUACAUUUGGUACUCCCAAGGAGCUUGGUACUCCUGACCCAAACAUGGCUGUUUUGUAAACAAAAACAACUUGGAGAGGUAACGUUUCAGUAGCAAUGAAAAAACUCAGAGUCAGUUGGUAGUCUCUACCAGGCUCUGUGGAUCAGUGGGUUGCACAUAUACUGUAAAUGCAGAAACUUUCGCAGUGGUUUGAUAUUCACGGUUUUAACUGUUGCCGCUUCACCGCGAACUUAAAAGCACCACGAACAUUU